UCAUUCAAUGUAAAUUUGCCAACCUUACUUAUAAAACGGUAUCGUCGCGGAACAAUGAGCAAAUUCUCUCUUGAUUCUUUCAUUACAACUCCUGAGGGACGAGAUAGAUAUCUCGAUAGGGUACAUGAUGAUGGUGGCAAGUAUCAACAUGAUAUAAUAGUUUUUGAUGAGACGAUGGACGAAACUGAUAAAGUUAGCUCUGGAUGGACAUUAUUAAGCGUUCUGGAACGUGCAAUGUUAAGCUUCCACCAUACACCAUCAUCCGAAAAUAUCGACGAAAACUGUGAUAUCCAUAGGGGUAGAGUGUAUUGGCUUAAAGGAGGGUUUGAAGCAUUCCGUUCUUGGGAUAAAUGUAAAGAAUUUCUCGUUUCUGGGCUGGAAGUGGGAGAAACUUGUGAUCACGAUGAAUCUAGUGAAGGCACUACUAUGGAUCUCGAGAUUCAAGGUCAAGGGGCUCCAGGGUUGGUUCGUCGAGAUUCAUUGUUUUCCGUAAACACCGAGAGGAAUUCAUUGCGACGAAAACGUAGCGAUAAACAGUCGGACGAAAAUCAUCCACAGUCACCAGCCGAUCCAGCAGCUAUAAAACAAUCUGAACUCUCCAGGGGAAGACGCGCCUCUAAUGGACUACAGUAUCUUUUUCCACAGACAAACAGUGAUAGAAGAUUGAGUGAAAAUUUGUCAUUAUAUUCUGCCGGAGCACAUAAUCAAUUUAUGAACACUGUAAAGACGAAUAACCUUGAUGGUAGCCUUGAUUCACCAAGUACUCCAGCUCCUAUUACACACCCAGAGACUACCUUUAUCGUUUCAACAAUUAUUCCAAAUUUUCUUUAUCUCGGACCAGAAAUAUCAAAAAAGGAAGAAGUCGAAGAAAUUGAAGCUAAAGGUAUUAAACGAAUCCUAAAUAUGGCAUUCGAAUGCACAGAUACACUUGGAUUGAAUGAAAAGUUCGAUCAGUAUCUAAAGUUGAACGUUAAAGAUUCCGUCGAGGAGGAUGUGGAAAGUGGCUUGAAAAUAGCUGUCUCAUUUAUUGAACAAGCCGAAAGAGAUCAGAUGCCUGUGUACGUUCAUUGCAAAGCUGGGAAAUCACGAUCGGUAACUGCUGUUCUGGCUUUUCUUAUUAAAUCGCGUAAAUGGACCCUGAAACGCGCAUAUGAUUAUGUGAUGGAGCGCCGAAGCGGAAUUUGUCCAAAUAUUGGAUUCGUUGCGGAAUUAAUGAGAGUUGAAGAGGUGGUACUUGGUAUUAAAAGGAAUAAUGGAUUGGACCUGGGGGAAAAGAAGAUGACGAGUAUGGAAGGCAUCGAACUGUUGAAAAAGAAACCUCACACAGCAUUUUUUUAA